AUGAUCCGCACCAUUAAACCUAAAAAUGCGGCCAGCAAGCGUGCUCUGGAGGCUCGAGCGCCUAAAGAAAUCGAGGACGAAAAGACGGUGAUUUUCGUCAAGGGAACGCAUGUCGGAGAGAGAGUGACUGGAGCCAUGAAAGAUUUGAUGGCACUCAAACGACCGCACGCCAUCGCAUUCAACAAAAAGAACCAGAUCCGACCGUUCGAGGAUACGGCCUCGCUCGACUUUUGGGCAAACAAAAAUGACGCAGCGAUGUUUGCCAUUGGCCAAAGCACAAAGAAGCGCCCGGACGGACUGACGCUGGUGAGGAUGUACGACGGGAGCGUGCUGGACAUGUGUGAGCUCGGUGUAGUUGGGUACCAGCCCAUGAGCAGUUUUCCCGGACCUAAAUCGACGCCGGGACAUAGACCGCUCGUCCACUUUGCAUCGGACCUGUUCGACACGCACCCGCGGUACAUCCAACUACGAUCGCUCCUGCUCGAUCUGUUUGGCGGAUCGCAAAUAGACGCGAUACAUUUGGCAGGUAUCGAGCACAUCAUAUGCGUAUCCACCGCCCCUGCUCCCCCAUCUCUCGCCUCGUCGACCUCGGCCUCGGUCUCGGCCUCUCAACCCCAGACGGGGGGAACACCGGUCGAGCUCCCCGUGGUUCAUAUCCGCACGUAUACGACUCGUCUGUUGGCGUCUGGCGUGCGGGUUCCGAGGGUGGAGCUUACGCCCAUGGGUCCGUCGCUUGAUGUGGUAUUGAGGAGGCACCAGGAGGCGGAUCCGGCGGUGUGGGCGUUGGCAAUGAAGAGGCCCAAGAUCAAGAAGAAGGAAAUUGAGAGCGGGUUGGGCAAGAAGAGGAAGAAUAUCGAGGUGGAUGAUAUGGGUGAUAUGCGCGGAAGGAUUCAUGUCGCUCGUCAGGACUUGGGCAAGUUGCAGACGAGGAAGAUGAGGGGGUUGAAGCGUGCGAGAGGAGACGAUGCCAGUGAAGACGAGGAGUAA